AUGGAAGCCGCGCGGAAAGCAAUUCAGACAGGUGCCACCGCCUUGGUAUCCUUCGCAGGGCCACAACCUCCGGCCAAAGGAACGCCCGUGUCAGCUUUCUACGACAGACUUUUCCGCCUGAUCAAUGAGGACAAGGAGAAUAGCAUUCGCCGAUGCCUGGUUCUCGCGACUCCAUCGUUCCAGGUGGCCGAGGACAGGAGUUCUUGGAAGUGGUGGUUGAUUGUCUCAGUGAUCCGCAUGCUAGGCGGAGAUGCAUACGCAGAUAUUGUCGGGAUCGGAAAGGUUGUGUCUGCUCUGCCAGUCGAUGAGAUCGAAUGGACACUGUUCCGAGUGCCUGUACUCACCAAUGGCGACUACGAGCCCGUUCGAACUGCUAUGAUCGAUGACGGCAACGACGGCUUGACACUGAGCCGAAAGAGCAAUGCUGUGUGGGUUCUGCAGGAGCUGGAGGAGAGGAAAUGGGUUGGCAGGGCUCCUGCUUUGUCGAAUCCUGGCUGGUUCUAG